AGUUCAUUUGCUUGUAAUACUUAGUUUUAUUUAAAAUAUGAAAGAUUUUAGAGUAUCUAACGUAUUGCUACAUCAAACACUUUUUUAGGGCACAAAAGCAAUUGAAGGGAUUAUCAUAAACUCUAACAUGUUAAAGAAUGUGCCUUUAAGUAUGGAAGUAUUCACAAGGAUGGUAAAUUUGCGAAUACUCAUAUUAGAUAGUGUGCCUCUUAGAGGAUCUUUUAAAUAUUUGUCCCAUGAGGUUAGGCUUUUAAGGUUGCGUAAUUGCCGUUUGAGUCACAUACAAUCAGAUUUUCAUUGCGUGAAACUUGUUGAGUUAGACUUGAGCGGUAGCAAUAUCGAAGAAUUUCAACCCAAUAUGCAGCAUUUUGUAUGCUUGAGGAGGUUAGAGAUCAAUUGUUGUGAACAACUUAAGAGUACACCAGACUUUACUGGGGCACAAAGUCUUCAAGAAAUAUCCUUCGGAGGUUGUUCAAAUUUGGCGAAUGUGCACCCAUCAAUUGGAAGUUUGGAGAGGCUUGUUGACUUAAGUUUGUGGGGAUGCAUGAAAUUGAAGCUGCUUCCAAGUAGCAUUUGCAAGUUAAAAUCACUUGAGUCCUUACAUUUAGCUGGUUGCAAGAAUCUGAGGGAGCUUCCAAUUGACAUUGGAAACUUAGAGCAACUAAGAAAAUUAAUUGCUAUGCAAACUGGUAUCUCACAUUUACCCAUUUCAUUUGGAUGUUUAACAAAUCUAGAGUACUUAGAUCUGGGAAAGUCUGUGGGUUCAGUAGCUGUUGAUUUUUUUCCAUCUUCAGCCGCGAAUUUAUGCUCAUUGGAAUGGCUGACAGUGAAUUUCUUCAAAUCGCAGCAGCAAGUAAAUUUUCCAAUUGCUCUUGGGAGUUUGACCUCAUUGACAUAUUUAGAGUUACAGGGAAAUUGGUAUAUUGAAAGCCUAUCAUUGAACCUUUGUCAUCUCUCCAAUUUGAUAUGCCUCUCCCUCAAGGAUUUGCAAAAUCUUAGAGCACUUUUAAAACUUCCACCUAGUUUAAAGGUUCUUGGUGCAAUAGAUUGUGAGUCAUUAGAAAAAAUAGCAGAUAUAUCAAACUUGAGAGGACUUGAAUCGUUGUAUAUUCCCAAUUGCAAAAGUUUGGUUGAACUUCCAAGAUGGGAGAAUCUUGAAUGUAUUGAGAUGACAAAUUGCAGUGGUUUGAGGAUUCCUUCUGUUGAAAAUUGGUGCCAGGUUAGUUAAAUUAUUUAUGUUCCCCUCCCUCAUCUUUGUCUGCUUUGGUUAUAUAAUAAUAAUAAUAA